AUGAAUGUAGAGCGCGAUCUCCACAUGACCCGGGGCGACGGCGAACACAGCUACGCCUCCAACUCCAGGGCUCAGGAGAAGUCCAUACUGAAGACAAGGCCGGUGCUGCACAAGGCCGUGGCAGCGGCGCACGCCUUGUCGCUCUCCUCAGGACCCGGCGGCGCCAUGGUCGUCGCGGACCUCGGCUGUUCGUCGGGGCCCAACACUCUGCUCGUCGUCUCCGAGGUGAUCAAAGCGGUGGCCGACUGCCGACACGAGCUGGCCACAGGUAGCCAACCACAACACGUGCAGUUUUUCCUAAACGACCUCCCCGGGAACGACUUCAACCUCGUCUUCCAGUCGCUGGAGCUGAUCAAGCUGGCCGCCAAUAAGGACAGGCAGGAGGAGCCGCUACUGCCGCCGUACUACGUCGCCGGGCUGCCGGGCUCCUUCUACACCCGGCUGUUCCCGGACCGCUGCGUCCACCUCUUCCACUCCUCCUACUGCCUCAUGUGGCGCUCCAAGGUCCCCGACGAGCUCGCCAGUGGCGCCGUCCUCAACGAGGGCAACAUGUACAUCUGGGAGACCACGCCGCCGGCGGUGGUGGCCCUGUACAGGAGGCAGUUCCAGGAGGACUUGUCGCUGUUCCUCACGCUACGCCACACGGAGCUCGUGUCCGGUGGCCACAUGGUGCUGACGUUCCUGGGCAGGAAGAGCAAGGACGUGCUCCGUGGCGAGCUCAGCUACACGUGGGGCCUCCUCGCGCAGGCUCUCCAGUCACUCGUUAAAGAGGGCCGUGUGGAGAAGGAGAAGCUGGACUCCUUCAACCUGCCGUUCUACGUACCAUCGGUGGACGAGGUGAGGGACGUGAUCGCGCAGAGCCAGGCGUUCGACGUCAUCCACAUCCAGCUCUUCGACGUCAAGUGGGAUGGAGGCGACGACGACGUGGAGAUGGAAGACUACGGCGGCGUCGAGAGCAGCGUCUCCGUCGCCAGGUCCAUCAGGGCCGUGGUCGGGCCCCUCAUCGCGCGCCACUUCGGCGAGCACAUACUCGACCAUCUCUUCGAGCUGUAUGCCAAGAAUGUCGCGAUGCAUCUUCAGAAAGUGAAGACCAAGUACCCUGUCAUCCUUGUUUCCCUCCAGGCGAAAUGA